UCCAACCUCAAAAUAGUCAAAACACUGUUAGUAAACAAAAGUUGCAAUAAUGUCUACUUUAAAAUCUCUCUAAACUUGCAAAAACCACACAAAAAUGAAGCGGGAGCGCACCGGAGACAACUGCCGCCCCUUUAAAUUAGCCCAUCAAAUUGUGAGCCUUACAGGGAUUAGUUUUGAACGAAAAAGCAUAAUUGGCUUCGUUGAAUUGACGGUGGUGCCCCUUCGAGACAACCUGAGACACGUCAAAUUGAACGCCAAGCAGUGCCGUAUUUACCGAAUUAUUUUAAACGACGCAUAUGAGGCGCAUUUCCAGUAUUUUGACCCCUUUUUGGACAUCUGCCAGUCAGACACCGACACUCGUAGCCUCGAGACCUUCUCCACACACCACCUCAAUGCCUCGCUCAAAGUGGACCCCGACAACAACUCCGGGGAGCUGGUGGUCACAAUCCCCACCGAGGCUUCGCAUCUCGUGGCCGAAGGCACCGCCCUCCGUGUCGGGAUCGAGUUCUCCCUGGAGCAGCCCCAGGGCGGCAUCCACUUCGUCGUGCCCCCCAAAGAGGGCACUUACGCCGAGCGCGGCGUCCACUUAUUCACCUACGGCCACCAAAACUCCUCGCGCCUGUGGUUCCCCUGCGUGGACAGCUUCGCCGAGACCUGCACCUGGAAGCUGGAGUUCACCGUCGACGAUGAGAUGACGGCGGUCUCCAACGGGGACCUCAUCGAAGUGGUGUACACGCCGGACAUGCGACGUAAGACUUACCACUAUUCGCUCAAUGUGCCCACUUGUGCCCCCAAUAUCUCGCUCGCGGUGGGGCCCUUCGAGAUCUACGUGGACCCCUACAUGCACGAAGUGACCCACUUUUGCCUCCCCAACCUUCUGCCUUUGCUCAAAGUGACCACGAGGUACAUGCAUGAGACUUUUGAGUUCUACGAGGAGACUCUCUCAAAUCGGUACCCCUAUUCGUGUUAUAAGCAAGUUUUUGUCGAUGAGACUCACGAGGAUUACCGAUCGUACGCGACGAUGAGUAUCCUGAGUGUCAAUUUGCUACACUCGGCCGUGAUCAUAGAUCAGGUUUAUACCACAAGGACGAUAAUGGCCCAGGCGAUAGCCGAGCAGUUUUUCGGAUGCUUCAUUUCGAUGCAAAAUUGGUCGGACAUGUGGCUCAACAAGGGGAUAAGUCAGUAUUUGUGUGGUCUCUACUGUAAGAAAAGCUUCGGGAAUAACGAAUACAGAUAUUGGGUGCAAAGUAUGCUCCAGGACGUUGUUAAAUACGAAGAACAGUUCGGGGGGAUUGUCUUGGAUCCGAGUCAACCCCCGGCCCCCUUGCCGGUCGGUGGCGGCUCAAACGCCUCACAAACGAACACAAAACAAGAGGAGAAGUUUUAUUUCUCCAUCAGGAAUCUUCACACAAUGUCCCCCAUGUAUAUCAAAGCUUUGGAGAAGAAGGCGUGUCUUGUUAUGCGAAUGUUGGAGCACCGGAUUGGUCAAGAGUUGUUGUUGCAAGUUUUCAAUAAACAACUCUCAUUGGCUACGAAUGCCGCACAACAGAAAAUCGGGAGUGGCUUAUGGGGGCACAUGUUGAUCAGCACUAAUGUUUUCACCAAGGCGAUUUUUACGGUCACUGGUAAAGACAUGGCUGUUUUUAUUGACCAAUGGGUGCGGACAGGGGGCCAUGCCAAGUUUCAUCUCACUUCAGUUUUCAACCGAAAGAGAAAUACAAUCGAAUUGGAGAUAAGACAGGACGCGACUACGCAGUUGGGUAUUAGGAAAUAUGUGGGCCCCCUUUUGGUCACUUUGCAAGAGUUGGAUGGGACUUUUAAACAUAUGUUGCAAAUUGAGAAUACGGUGGUUAAGGCCGAUAUCACGUGUCAUUCCAAAAGUCGCAGAAAUAAAAAGAAAAAAAUUCCUUUGUGUACAGGGGACGAGGUCGAUAUGGACUUGAGUGCGAUGGACGACUCUCCGGUGCUGUGGAUCCGGUUGGACCCGGAAAUGACCCUUUUGCGGUCGGUUGUGAUCGAGCAGCCCGACUACCAAUGGCAGUACCAGCUCCGUCACGAGCGUGACGUCACAGCCCAGAUGGAGGCAAUCUACGCUCUGGAGCGUUACCCCACCCCCGCCACCCGUCUCGCCCUCACCGACACCAUCGAAAACGAGCAAUGCUACUAUAAAGUCCGAUGUCGUGCCGCCCACUGUCUCACCAAAGUGGCAAACGCGAUGGUGGCGAAUUGGGCCGGUCCGCCGGCCAUGUUGGCAAUAUUUCGCAAAUUGUUUGGAUCGUUUGCCGCUCCGCAUAUAAUAAGACAGAACAGUUUUACUAAUUUUCAACACUAUUAUUUGCAAAAGACAAUCCCGUUGGCUAUGGCAGGAUUGAGGAAUGCCCACGGGAUUUGUCCACCUGAUGUUAUACGAUUUUUGCUCGAUUUGUUCAAAUAUAACGAUAAUUCGAAGAAUCGCUACUCGGAUAAUUACUAUAGAGCGGCUUUGGUCGAGGCGUUGGGGAAUACUGUUACUCCUGUUGUCUCGGUGAUCCACCAGGGGGCGCCAAUAACGGCCGAAAGUCUCAGUACUGACACCAAACUGAUCCUUGAGGAAGUCACAAGGAUGCUUAACCUUGAAAAAGCCUUAGCUUGUUACAAAUAUACCGUUUCAGUGGCGUGUCUUAAGGCAAUUCGGAAGUUGCAGAAAUUCGGCCAUUUGCCAAGCCGUCCAACCAUCUUCAAGAGUUACGCCAGUUACGGCCAUUUCAUUGAUGUUCGAGUUGCAGCACUCGAAUGUUUAGUGGAUUUUGUCCGUGCUGAUGGUCGCUGGAAUGACCUUCAAGACAUACUUGAUAUUUUAGAAAGUGACCCUGACCCUGGCUUACGUCACAAACUAGCCGACUUGAUUAUAACCAAUCCUCCGUUUAGAAGGGCACAUCGCGAACGAUUGGACAUCCCUGAUUUAGUCGAGCGGAUUUGGACAAACAUCAACGGAAUGUUGUCACAUGAUACAAGACUGAGGUGUGAUUUGGUCGACUUGUAUUACACUUUAUACGGAAGUAAACGCCCAGUUUGUCUCCCAAUACCGGAAUUGGCCGGUAUGAUGAAUAUGCAUAAACACGAUGCGAGAAAGACCACGCCUUACAUACCCAAGCCCCUCCCCGUUCCCGAAAUAAAACACUCCCCUACCCCAAAAGACGGUACUACGCCAAUCAUAAUCGACGAUAAUUUGGGUUGUAUGAAUGUGGAGGUGGUGGCAAGCGAGGAUCGCGUUAAGGAGGAGCCAAUGGAUGUGCAGGUGGAGUCAAGGCCGACUCCCAAACAGGAGUAUUUUUCGGAUAAUUCGGUGUCGUUGCCGGGGAUGGGUCAGAGUGGGCCGGUGGGUUUCGAGCCCGGGAUGUUUAAAAAGGAGGAUUCGAAGCAUAAGGGUGAUACAGGGAAGAUUAAGAAGAAGAAGAAGGACAAGAAGAAGCAUAAACAUAAACACAAGCAUAAACACGAGCAUAAGCACAGUAAGGAUAAGAAGGAGAAGGAUCCAAUGAAGAAGAUGAAAGAGGAGACGUUGAGUUCGGUGAGCUCGACGCCAAGCCCCAAUCCCAUGUCCAUGGGAGGAGAGACGAUUUAGGGGUAAUUUUUGGAAAAUAAAGUUAUUUAAGGUG